AUCUUUAAAAAUAUAUAUAUAUUAAAAUUAAAUCUUUCACAACGACCAUAAAUAAAACAAUAAUUACAAUAAAAAGAACGGCAACGACGGCGUCAAUGACUAUACAACAUCAACAGAAUUGUGUCAAACGUGUUGUUAUUUAAAGUGUUUACACGAAAAGCAUAAAAAAAAAAAUGAAAAUAAAUAAAUAAAAACAAAAGAAAGAGAAAAGAGAGAAAGAACAACAAAACCAAAAUCAAAAAUCAUAAAAUCUAACAACACAACAACAACUAAGGAAAUCGGAUGCAAUUUUGAGAAGAGAAGCGGACGAACGUAAAACAAAGAAGAAAAAGGAUAAUAACUGAUUGACGGUCAAAAAUUAUAAAUCUUCGUAUCUUAUCUAAAAUAAACCAUACUCAAUGAGAUCGUAGAAAAAGUCAAGAAAUUUCCCGCAAAUUUUUGAAAUAAUCCAAAGCUUCCUUAAGUGCAGACUAGUCCAGCUGUCUACCUUUCCUUAACUAAUCUCUGGCCAACGUUGUGAAACAUAUACAUCUUAAAUAUCUCUAUAUAUAUAUAUAUAUGUAUAUAUAUAUAUAUAUUUAUAUAUAAGUACAUAUAUAUCAAACUAAAAAAAAAAAAAAAAUAUUUUUACAAAUUUGUUCUUCUAACUUACAAUGAAAAACGACGUUGCAGGAUGGUGGUGGUCAUCCAAAGGACAUGAUACCUCGAAACAUUUAAAGCCAAUUUUCGCCGAACACUCCAAUAGUAACAUUUGCCCAACCAAAGAAUAUGCGGCAAAGCAACAUGUUGCCAAAUUAUCAUCAACAACAUCAUUGCUAUCACACUCCACUUUAUUAUGCCAACAGCAACAAGAACAGCAACAACAAAAGCGAACUUUAGCAACAAGUAGUAAUAAUUAUAGUAAUAUAACUAAAACAAUAACAAAUGAAAAAAGUUUUCAAUGUGAUAUUAGCAGCAGCAAACACUACAACAACAACAACAACAACAACAACAACAACAUUAAUUAUAAUGAUUUAUACACCGUAGAAACUGUAGCUAAUCUUAGAAGAAAAACAAUAAAAAGUGCUCACUGUCGACCACAUUAUCAUCACCAACAUCACCACCUCUACCACCACCAUCACCGUCAACAACGCCAUCAUCAGCACAAACACGUAUAUCAACGACGAGGAGGCGGACAAGGAUUUGCAGCACGUUCGCUAUGUCUGCAAAGUUUAUCGGUGCGAUUAUGUAGCGGCGAUCGUAAGGCAUACUUAAUGUUAUUAUUACAAUUUACUGUUGUAGUGUUAAUAUGUUCGUUAAAUAUCGGUUUCGUGACGUGUGCUAAUGUUGUUAAAAAUCAACGACAGUCAACGUUGUCAUUAUACACCGAUAAUGAUAAUCUACUGGAUGUAUUAGAUUACGAUGAUAGUGGGAAUAGUAUAGGUGGUGACGAAAGCGAUGCAAUCGGUCAUUAUACACAUACCUGGGCUGUGCAUAUACCUGACGGUGAUAAAGAGGACAAAGUCAACGCAGUAGCACGUGAUCAUGGCUUUGUGAAUUUGGGGAAGAUUUUUGGUGAUCAUUAUCAUUUCGCUCAUCACAAAGUAUCGAAGCGUUCUCUGGUACCUGCUUUACCGCAUCAAAGCCGCCUCGCCAAGGAUAAGCGAGUAAAAUGGUCCCAACAACAAAUAGCCAAAUCACGGCAAAAACGUGACUUUAUCCGUAUCAGGCCGUCACGUACCUCGUCAUCGAGAGCUUUAUCAUUGGUAGAUGCAGUUCCUUUCAGUGACCCAAAGUGGUCGCAAAUGUGGUAUUUGAAUCGUGGCGGUGGUUUAGAUAUGAAUGUUAUACCCGCAUGGAAAGAAGGUAUUACCGGCAAAGGUAUAGUAGUUACUAUACUAGAUGAUGGUCUUGAAUCCGAUCAUCCAGACAUUAUUAAUAACUAUGAUGCAAGAGCUUCGUAUGAUGUCAACAGUCAUGAUGAAGAUCCUAUGCCUCAUUACGAUUUAACGGAUUCAAAUCGCCAUGGCACACGUUGUGCAGGUGAAGUGGCGGCUACCGCAAAUAAUUCGAUAUGUGCGGUGGGCAUUGCAUUUGGUGCCAGUGUUGGCGGUGUCCGAAUGUUAGACGGAGAUGUUACCGAUGCCGUAGAGGCACGUUCCCUUUCACUCAAUCCCCAGCACAUUGAUAUCUAUAGUGCUUCUUGGGGGCCCGAUGAUGAUGGCAAAACGGUCGACGGUCCCGGGGAGUUAGCCUCACGGGCCUUCAUUGAAGGCGUGACAAAGGGACGUGCCGGCAAGGGUAGCAUUUUCAUAUGGGCCUCUGGUAAUGGAGGCCGAGAGCUGGACAAUUGCAAUUGUGAUGGCUAUACAAACUCCAUUUGGACACUGUCAAUAUCUAGUGCCACCGAAGAGGGUCAUGUGCCCUGGUAUUCGGAGAAAUGUAGUUCCACGCUCGCCACCACUUAUAGCAGUGGUGGACAGGCUGAAAAGCAAGUGGUUACGACAGAUUUGCAUCAUUCCUGCACGGUAUCACAUACCGGCACUUCUGCCUCAGCACCUUUGGCGGCCGGCAUAGCCGCUUUAGUUCUAGAAUCCAAUCAGAAUUUAACGUGGCGUGAUCUACAACAUAUUGUCGUAAGAACAGCGAAGCCAGCCAAUCUAAAAGAUACGGCAUGGUCGAAAAAUGGAGUAGGCCGCAGAGUUAGCCAUUCUUUUGGUUAUGGCCUAAUGGAUGCAGCGGCCAUGGUUAAGGUGGCACGCUCUUGGAAAACGGUGCCUGAACAACAGCGCUGCGAAAUCAACGCUCCCCAUGUGGAUAAAGUUAUUCCGCCCAAAAGUCAUAUAACUUUACAACAAACUGUAAAAUAUUGUUCCAUUAACUUUCUGGAACAUGUGCAAGCAAAAAUUACGCUAACAUCGCAACGACGCGGUGAUAUUCAAUUAAAUUUAAUAUCACCGGCUGGUACAAAAGUUACUUUAUUAACACCUAGAAUGCAUGAUGUUUCAAGGUCUGGUUUUAAUCAAUGGCCCUUUAUGUCCGUCCAUACGUGGGGUGAAUCACCUCAUGGUAAUUGGCAGCUGGAAAUCCAUAACGAAGGACGUUAUAUGGGUCAUGCUUUAUUAAGGGAAUGGUCUUUAAUCUUCUACGGCACUGCCCAACCUAUCGAUCCUAAUGAUCCGGUUUCGGUACCGCGUAAUAAUCUUGCUGACAUUACUACCCCUAACACUAGCUCCAGUAGCAGCACAACUAACCUGUAUCAGGUUUAUUCGGCACAAUAUCCACGUAUAUCACCGAAUAAUUUCGGCUCGUCUCUUUUGGGUAUGUCUGGCAAGAUGAACGGAAAACUGCCACCGAAUAAAUCCGUGUAUGUAACUAAUAUGGGUGGUAACAUAGCCAAUUAUCCUCUGUACGGUAGUAUAACACAGACCUCUAAUGGUAAUAGCAAUAAAAAAGCUCAAAUUAAGCAGCAACAACAGGGCUAUCAACAAAUUUCCGCCAGUUAUGGUGUGAUUUUAGGAACACAUAAUAAUAAAAAUAAUAACAAUGGUAACAGUAAUAAUAACAAAGGUAGUAAAAAUAAUAAAGGGAAAUCCGGAGAAAAUGGCGGUGGAAUUGGUAUUUCAGGAAUUGGCGGCGGCGGUGGUGGCGGUAAAUCCAAUAAGAACAAUAACGGUGGCAGCAAUGGCAAAACCUCUAAACAAAAAGAGUUAUCCACUCAGGCGACAUUGGGUGGUGGUGGCAAAAAUAAAUUCUAUCGCAUAUCACAACAACAAAGCAAAACGUAUUCGAUAAAAAAUCAUCAGAAUGGCAGCAAUGGAAAUCAAAAAUCGUCCAAAUUGCAACAAUCAGCUGAAAGAUUACAAUCUUAUGAGGAUAAAUUGAAUCGAAAGGUUAUAGGUGAUUUACCUGGCAGCAGCGGUGUUAACAUUGGAAAAUCUAUAAAAUCCAGCUAUAGUAAAUUGCCGGUGAAGGCGCCAAAGCAAAUUAAAGAGACGAGCACAACUAUCUCGCCAACUAUCAGUACCACAUUUACCGCCAUCGUCAAUGCAAUAACAUUAUCAAGCAGCUCUAGUUAUCAGCCUUUAAAAGAACGUGUUGUUACUUCAGUGGCCUUACAACCAAAUCAACGUAUAACCAAACUAUUUGAACGUUACGAAAAAAUACAAUCCAUUUUCCCAGAAUUUCAGCCCUAUCAAGGAAACAAGGACCGCGGCGAACAAACCAACAGCAGCAAUAAAAAAUUAAACAAACAAACUGUAACAGAAAUAAGCACAGGAGGAAGUGCUGUGAAGCCUUCAAGAGAAAAUGCUAAAAAAUCCUCACCCAGUUUUGUGCCUGAUCAGAGAAUAAUGAAAAAGCAACAAUUAUUACUGGCAGCUGCUGGGGUGGCCGCAGAAGGUGCUGGCGAUAAUGCUAGUAGUGAUGGAGGUGGCAAUUCAAAAAGCGUAGCAGGCCAAAGAAAAACUCCACACAAUGCACAAAUCACACAAUGGAACUUAAUUUUCUAUGGUACAGAAUUGCCUGCUCAACCGGAUGAUCCCAUACCUGUCAAUUCAGAACAUUUCAGUCCAUAUGGCAACAUUAUGGAACACAAUGAUAUUGAAUACGAUAGCAGCGGCCAAUGGCAUAAUAUGCAACAGAUUGGCGAAUCCAGCAUGAUGUCUCAUGAUCGCACAAAUAGCAGCUGUUUAAAGGCCACAAUUAAUCGUGAAUGCUUAGCUUGCGCACCACCUACAUUUUUCUUUAGGGGCCGUUGCUAUGACAAGUGCCCCAGUCAGACUUACGUCAUUAAACACAACGAUAUGGUGGAUAAUAUCAGCAACAUUGUUACGUAUCAAUCCAAAGACGAUGUAGAUGAAGAAUUACAAUCGUUGGAGCGUAAGCGGCGUUAUCAUUAUAAAACUUUAAAGGUGAACGAAUUUAACAUCGAUAGAGGGGAGACCACUACUACAGAAAAUGAAGGUUUCUUUGCGCCAAACAUUAUGCUAAGUUGCGCUGCCUGUGAUGUAACAUGUCGUCAAUGUUACGGUCCAUUGAAUUCCCAAUGCAAUAUUUGCUUCCCAGGCAGUCAAUUACGGCGAAUUCCUUAUACGAAUGACAGUUAUUGCUAUAUGUUCGCUGAACGCAGCUCUGGCAAUAACAGCCACGACAACCAUUCUACCGUUCAGCAAAAUAAAACUAAUUUCAAUUUUUUGCUACCAUUGUUAUACUUGAUACCGACGUUUAUCACGAUAUCGGUUAUAAUGCUUCUAAUAAUCUACGGUUGGAACAAUUACCUAAAUAAAAGAAACAACAGUAACGGUGAAAUGGCAGCCACUUAUGCGUACGAUCGUGUGGCAUUAAUAAGCAAUGAAGAUGACGAAGUGGAAGCCGAAAUGGCAGAUAAUGAAACUGAUGCUGGCGACGAUUAUCAUAACCAAGAUGAAAUUGACAACAAAAAUGUUAAAAAAAUUGUUCAUAAAACUGUAAUCAAAAUUUAUACCGAUGCAUCAGAAAUCUUAUAACGAGGUUUCUCUAAUGAUUAAG